GAAGAAGCCGCCUCGCGUCCUCCAGACAUCUCUCGUUCGCAUCCACAACAAACAUGGCGGACGAUCACACAGACGCAGAGCAGUCCAUGGAGGGGCACCCUGCUGUCUCUGAGAACCCUCACGCAGAGUACGGCCUGACGGAGAACAUCCAGAGGACGGUGGACAACGAGAAGCCGGGCUCGGAGAAGACCUCGAAGCAGAAGGUGGACCUGCAGGCGCUGCCGACCCGAGCCUACCUGGACCAGACCGUCGUCCCCAUCCUGCUGCAGGGCCUGUCGCUGCUCGCCAAGGACAGGCCUCCCAACCCGAUCGAGUACCUGGCGGCGUUCCUGCUGAAGAACAAAUCCCAGUUUGAGGAGCGGAGCUGAAGCCCGGCCUCCAGAGGAACUCAUGUUUGUUCAUGAAUGCUACUGUUUUUUAUUUUCCAGAAUAAACAUGUUGCUAUGAAGAGUU